CGGUGGCCUAUCUUGUACUUCCCCAUUGACGCCUUCUCGGCGGAUUACGACAAUUUGACAUCUCCCCCUAGUGCGCAGUACUGGACGGGGACCGAUCUAUUAGGCAGAGACCUAACCGUCGAGACUGGUCUAUGGCGGCGCAGUGUCUUUGUUUAUAGCAGGCUCCGCUCUCCUCCUGGGGACGAUCAUCGGUGGGACAUGGGGGUCCGUGAGCGGAUACCUGGGAGGGAAAACAGACCUCAUCAGCGAACGAUUCAUCGAGAUACUUCUCGCCCUGCCGGGCUUGAUCUUUGCCUAUCUGAUGAUCCUGGUAUUCGGCGACGGUUAUUUGCAACUUAUCUUGGCCUUAGCGAUUACCCGCGUCGGAUCCGUCGAGCGGGUUGUGCGAUCGGUGGCUUUGUCGGUAAAAGAGACCAUGUAUGUGGAAGCCGCCAGAAGCAUCGGGGCUUCUCAGAUGAGGAUAAUGUGGAGGCAUGUAUUCCCCCAGUGCGGAGCUGUCAUAAUAGUAUUGAUGACGAUGAACAUAGGGGGAAUUAUCAUCACGGAAGCCUCCCUCAGCUUUCUGGGGUUGGGAUUGGCCCUCCAACUCCAACAUGGGGCAAAAUGCUGGGUGAGUCCACGAGGCAGACAUUUGUUCCGAUAUGGUGGAUGGUCACGUAUCCCGGGUUGCUCAUCACUCUCACCGUGCUGUCCUUCAAUCUCUUCGGAGACGGUCUGCGUGACGCCCUGGACCCCAGACUCAGGGGCACGAUGUAA